AUGCCUUCUAGAUGUAAUCACUGUAAGGUUUAUGGGCAUACGGAUAAAGUUUGUUUGGCAGCUUUGAGUGAAGAGAAAGUGGUAAAGAAUGGGGAUAAUGGGAACAAUAAGAGAAAUAAAGGGAAGGAAAUGGUUAAUGAUGAUGGAUUUAUGGAGGUUGUUUAUAAGAAGGUUGCAGGAAAUAAUGAUGGUGAAGGUACUAGUAAAUCUAAGGAGGGUCAUGCUCAAUUGUAUAAUCAAAGAUAUAGUGGGAAGAAUGGAAAUUUUAACAGGGGAAAUAAUUUUAGAGGCAAUUAUGGGAAUAGAGGUGGUAAUGGAAGGGGACAGAAUGGGAAUUGGAAUAAUAAAGGGGUGGGUCAUUGGAAUUUGGAAAAGAAUAGAAGAUAUGAGAAGUUUGUUAAUGGUCAGGCUUUGGUUGGUAAUCAGGGGAAAAUGGAGAAUAAGAUGCGGAGGAAUGCUAUAAAGGAUGAUAACAUAAAAGUGGGUGUUAACAAGAGUCUAGAAAAUAAGACUGUUUCUAGUGAUGGUUGCAGUAUUAAAAAUAGUUUUGAAAUCCUGGGAAGGAUUGAUGAGGAAGUUAUGGAUAGAAUGGAAGAGGAUGCUAAGGGAGGCAAAGUUGAUGGUUAUCAGGAAGGUGAUUGUGUUGAUUAUUCUUCUGAUGUUGUUGGAAUAAUUAAUAAUAAGUUGGAUCCUUCUAAGUUUGUUGGGAAGGGUAAUGUAGGGAAUGAAAGUAAUAAAAUAAAGAAUAGUAUGAUGGUUCAGGGGAAUAGUAAAAGCAAAGAUGGGAUUUCUCAGGCAUUUGAGGAGAAGGAGGUUAUUGAUGUUAUUAGGAGUAAUAACCUUGGUAUAUGUGCUGUGGUGGAGUCUCAUGUCAAGGUCUUAAAUCUUAAGAAUGUUUGUGUUAAGACCUUUGGUCAAUGGGAUUGGGUUUCUAAUAAUAGUAGCUGUGAGGCUGGAACUAGAAUAAUUGUUGGAUGGAAUCCAAGACUUUUUGAUGUGAUGGUGAUUUCUCAGUCUAGACAAGUUAUUCACUGUUAUGUUAGAUUCUGUGAUUCCAAUUAUAGCAUGUAUUUGUCUUUUAUAUAUGCUGCUUCGAAUUAUCUUGAGAGAAGGUUAUUAUGGGAUAAUUUGAAGAAACAUAGUUUGGUUGUUAAGAAGGAAGCAUGGGGAAUAUUAGGUGAUUUUAAUGUUGCUUUAAAACCAUCGGAAUAUUCUGAAGGUUGUUCCAAAACGCCUAAAGGAGUUGAUGAUUUUAUUGACUGUAUAAACUUUAUUGAAGUUGAGGAUCUGAAUUCCUCUGGGUUUCAGUUUACUUGGAAUAAAACUCCUGCUGGGAAUAAGGGCCUUUUGAAGAAGUUAGAUAGGGUGAUGGCCAAUUUGAAAUUUGUUUCGGAUCAUCCUUUAGCUCAUGCUGUUUUUAAACCUUAUAGGGUGUCGGAUCAUUGUCCUGCUAUUUUAAAUGUUCCUGUUGGCAAAUUGAGAUGGAAACCUUCUUUUAGGUUUGCUAAUUUUAUCACUGAAAAGGUGGAGUUCUUACCCCUGGUUAAGGAAGUUUGGGAUGCUAAUAUUGAAGGUUUUUUUAUGUUCAAAGUGUGCCAAAAGUUGAAGAUUCUUAAAAAGCAUUGUAGGGAGCUUUGCAAUAAGCACAGGGGUUCUGGGAAGAGAAUCCAAAUGUUACGAAAGGAGUUGGAAAGUAAACAAUCUGAAAUUGAUCUUAAUCCUUUUGAUUGUAAGAUUAGGGAGGAGCAUACUAAUAUUAUUUUUGAUUUUAAUGUUGCUUGUAAUGAUGAAGAAAAGCUUCUUUUCCAGAGAUCUAAGAUAAAUUGGUUACAGGAAGGGGACAAUAAUACAAAGUUUUUUCAUAGAGUUGUGAAGAGCAGGGGCAAUAGAAAUCGUAUUUUGAUGGUUAUUGAUGAAGAUGGAAGAUGGGUUAGUGGGAAGGCUAUGAAGGAUAAAUUUGUUACUCAUUUCAAUAAGUUUUUGGGUUGUAAAGAUGUUAAUGAGUUUUUGUGUUUAAAUGAUGGUUUCUUUCAUAAUAAAUUGGAUAGUAGGGUGGCUGCUAAUAUGAUUAGAGUGGUGACUGAUGAAGAAAUCAAAGUGGCGAUGUUUGAUAUUGAUGAAAAUCGUGCCCCUGGACCUGAUGGGUACUCCUCCAAAUUUUUUAAAAGUUCUUGGAACAUUGUUGCGCCGGAAGUGUGUAAAGCUAUGAGGGAAUUUUUUUGGACUGGUAAAUUGUUGAAGGGGAUUAAUGCUACGAGAAUAGUGCUGGUUCCUAAAGUGGAGUUCCCGAGGAAAGUUUCUGAUUUCCGUCCUAUAGCCUGCUGUAACACUUUAUAUAAGUGUAUUAGUAAGAUUAUAGUGAACAGAAUUAGAAAUAGUUUGGGUGAUAUUGUGAGCAAAAAUCAAUCAGCUUUUAUUCCUGGAAGAUCUAUUGUGGAUAAUAUUCUCCUUGCUUAG